CUACCCUGCUUUCCACCUCACUCGAUCCGCUCCCUCUCUCGACCAACUGCUUCCCCUCUCUCUGCGGAUCAACCGGAGUAUCUGCAGUGGAGCCAUCAUCCAUCGAGACUUGGAACAAGACCUAGGCUAGCGACUUUACAUUUAAAGUCCGCCUAAUCGGCUUUCAUAAACGUUUCACAUCGACUCCAAUACCUCGACGUGUUUGCCUCGGCGCUUUUUUCUCUGCAAGUGAAGACUACGCGACCAACAGAAUGGGAAAUGAAGCCAGCUACCCUCUGGAGAUGUGUUCGCACUUUGAUGCUGAUGAGAUUAAGAGACUAGGGAAGAGGUUUAAGAAACUCGACCUGGAUAACUCGGGCUCGUUGAGCGUGGAGGAGUUCAUGUCCCUGCCCGAACUACAACAGAACCCCCUGGUCCAGCGAGUCAUAGACAUAUUCGACACCGACGGCAACGGAGAAGUCGACUUUAAAGAAUUCAUUGAGGGAGUCUCUCAGUUUAGUGUGAAAGGAGACAAGGAACAGAAACUACGCUUCGCCUUCCGGAUCUACGACAUGGACAAGGACGGCUACAUAUCCAACGGCGAGCUCUUCCAGGUGCUGAAGAUGAUGGUGGGCAACAACCUGAAGGACACGCAGCUGCAGCAGAUCGUCGACAAGACAAUCAUCAACGCCGACAAGGAUGGGGACGGCAGGAUAUCCUUCGAGGAGUUCUGUGCGGUGGUGGGCGGACUAGACAUUCACAAAAAGAUGGUGGUUGACGUGUGAUCUUCAAUCCUCUGCCACUGUCGCUCUCUUUCUCUCUCGCUCUCUCGCUCUCUCUCUCUCUCGCUCUCUCUCUCUCUCUCUCUCUCUCUCUCUCUCUCUCUCUCUCUCUCUCUCUCUCUCUCGCUCUCUCUCUCUCUCUCUCUCUCUCUCUCUCUCUCUCUCGCUCUCUCGCUCUCUCUCUCUCUCGCUCUCUCUCUCGCUCUCUACGAUGUUAUGUUUUCCCUUUUUUUCUCGCGAAUGGCGUUUGCCUUGUCUUCUCCACUGUCAAGAAAAAUCUGCUAAAGGUGUCCGGCAAGAAAACAAAAAAUUCAAGGAUUUGAUUUUUUUCCUUUGCCCCCCCCCCCCCCCCCCCCCCCCCCCCCCCCCCCCCAUUCCUUUCCUUCCCCUCCAAUGGAAAGUAAUUCUGUGUGAAGUAAAUUUUUUUUGUUUGCUUGUUUUUUUGUUUUCUUUUCUUUGCUAUCUCUAUCCUUUCGACUUCUCUGACUGCUCCCGUCCGCUUGUCUUGGUUAGGCCGGCUUAUUUGCGAUAACCUCACCCCUGGUUGUAGCACUUUACAGAAGACACACAAAUGCAGAGCGGAGGAGGAGCAUUUUCUAUUGUCGAGCGAGCAUUUCACUUUGAGGCAAAGGGAAAGGGGCGUUUAGUGUGUGUGUGUGUGUGUGUGUGUGUGUCAGUAUGCACGUGUGUGUGUGUGUGUGUGUGUGUCAGUAUGCACGUGUGUGUGUGUGUCAGUAUGCACGUGUGUGUUUGUUUGUGCGUAUGUAUGUGUGUGGUUUUCUUUUUGUGUCCUUGUUUUUGAAGGGGUGGGGGAUUUAUCUAAAAUAUUUAUUUUGGUCUGUUUUUUUUUAUGCGAGGAAGAUCUAUCUACAGGGAAUAUAUGGAUAUAUAUAUAUAGUAGUUAGGUGGGAUGAGAUCUAUCGAUGUACUUGAUUUCAACACGACACAAACACAAAAGACAGCGCAUGAAGUGCCAAUCAGAUUACACAAACUAGUUUAAGCGUGAUCUUUUUUAACCUGCUGUUUUAUCUCAUAUUUAAUAUACAUAGGCUAUUAUAUGAGAAGUGCUUCAUCUGGAUAUUGAUACAGCAAUUUAUAUAGCAGCAGAGGUUUAAAACAGCACUGUUUCAGAGAGAUUUUUGCUUGGGUCUUUAGAUUGCUUUUCAUGCUUCCUUCACUGAAGGUCAACAGACAAGUUUAAAUUUUGAACAUAUUAAGCUUUAGAUCACACACACAUACUCUCUAUCAUUCACUCACUUACUCACACACUCACACACUCACACAUGCAAACACAGACACAAGAAAAAAAAAAAAGAAAUAUCUUUAUUUGUAAUAUGGGGAUUGUAUGCUAUAUUUAUAUUGUCAGGGAGUUCCAUCGGCCCUCUUGCUUUCUGAUGUUCUAGAGUAGAGAGAAAAGAUUUAACUAUUUAAAUUUGUGCACAUACAAAUGUCUAUGGUUUACCUUUUUGGAGACAGGUCUUUCUCUGUGUAAUUGGUGAUUCUUUUCUUUUUUUUCUUUUUUCUUUUUGUGAAUGGUUUCCACUGAUUUAAAUAUACAAGAAGGAAUAGUGCCAUCAGUUUCUGUUUGAACAUCUUGGCGUAUAUUUACUUUCAUUAGCUUUUUUGACACGAUGUGAUGUUGAUUUGUGUUCCAUUCUAUUUGAAAACAGUUGCCUAGCUACUUAUUGUCACAAGGAACCUUCACGGACACAACUUUAAUAUUUCGCGAAUCAAACCAAAAAUGGGCAUCAAGAAAAUCUGUAAUUGUGUUUUCAUGGUUUUCCGACUAGACUGCGGGACAGCUUUUGAACAGGUGAUGUGGAGAUAAGUAGGCUACAGACAAAUAUGUCAGGAAAACUAUGGAUUAGUACACCGGGAAGUGCUAAUGUAACCGUGUGUGUUAUGUUUAACAGGAUAUCACAUGAACAGUGCAGGUCCAAAAGCCUUUCUUCACUCCUCUCUCUAUACACAAAGUUAAAUGCAACCUUUUACUGACUGCGACUUUCUGCUUCGACUGUUUUGAGAAACUGUAGGAAGAGGCGCGACUAAAACUUAAUUGUCACACUUUGAAUUUUUGGAGAAAAAAAGAAGUCGCUUUGUGAACUACUCUCUGGUUGUUUGUUGUUAACUGCUUGCCUGGACCCUCUGACGGACUGCGUGGGCAUAUAUGAUGGUGCAGGCCCAGUGUCACCCGGAGGUGCGCGCAUUAAGCGCCCGCUCGUGCCAGUUGUCUCAGUUUUUUUCUCCUCUCCUUCCGAGUAGCUGCACGACGAUGGCUCUUCUGUCUUUCCCUAGAGAUCCGACGAGGUCUCAUCCUGUGAUUGCAUGACAUGGAGGGUGUCUCUUUUUCUAUUCUGUUAAUUUUCUGUAUGCAUGUAGAUCCGAUUUCGAAGAGCGCCUCUUGUUUACAUAUGAAUCGUAAUGUUAAUAUAAUAUGAAUGACAAUGACAUAUUGGUAUGUGGAUGUUGCCAAACCUCUUUUUGGUUAAUGUUUUAAGUAUGGAAACGAUAAAAACGUAACUCCACUACGUAUAUUCACCAUUCUUAUAGUGAUAACAAUUAUUAUAACCUUUUGGAUCAGCGUCACAUGACGAUAAUUUAAACCAAUCAGCAAAAGCUUCUCUCCCUGACAACUGCCAGAUGCCGUUUAGAGGGGAAACAUUUGUUUUCUUUAAUGUUAUUUUUUUUGUACAGAAUAUUUGUUACAAACACGUAGCCUACGAGUGCUCUCCCUAUCUAUUUCUUUUUCUUCUCUGUUUAAAGGGUCCGUCCUCCUAAGAUAAAGCCCUCUACUUAGAUAGGGGAAAAUUGAUUGCUGUAAUUGUGUGUGUCUGUGGAGAUGGUGACGGGAUAAGGGCUUUUAAAAAAAAAAAAAAAAAAAAAAAAGAUGAAAAUGGUUUCAGUCUUGGUUUAGACCUUUUUUUGUUUUUCCUCUCAUACGUGUUUGCAUGCUGCGUCAUAUGCUGUGGGAACCACUGAAACUUCAUACAUGAAAUUGAGAAAUAAAAUAUUUGAAACUUGU